CCGCCCGCCGCCCGCCGCCGCGGCCCAUAUAGGGGCGGCCCGGGGCGCCGGCGGCACUCGCUGUGGAGGGGAGCGCGGCCUCGUUCCUCCCUUCCUCGGUCCUUCCUUCCUCGCCGACGGCUGCUUUCCCUGGGCGACGCAGGCUCCUCCCGGAGACAGGCGGUUUCCCCGUCGUGCCGCUGCCAUGGCCUCGGUACCCUCCGCCGGCUGCCUCCUGGCCAAGAACCAGUACUACAGAACAAGACAGAACUCGGAAUCGAGUGUUUCUUCCAGCUCCUCCUGCUGUUCGGAUGCCGUGAACAUUACAGACCAGGACAAAACAUUUCAUGGGUUACCUGAGUUAAUUGACAAAUGUUGGUGGAUAAAAAGCUUUUUCCAUAGUGAACCAUCUCCACCAACUGUCGGCAGAAAAACACUAUCAGCAAGCAGUACCAACCGUUGAAUAGGACAGCAUGCUGGCUUUACUAACUGGGAUACUACAGACAGACUUGUUUUUCCAAGAGGCUUGGGAUCUUCCUAAUGUCUGGGUUCAGCUGCAAGAAGAAAACAAAACCUUUAGGAGAGUGGAAAAGUGUGUUUUCAAAAUAUUUGUCAGUAGCUUAAAUGAUAUUGCUUAAUGAACAUGUCCAUGGCCUACCUUGUUCAUUACAGAGUUGCUAUAAUUUGAGAUGUCUCUCUAAUGGAAGUUACCAGGAUUAAAUAUCCUGAUGACUUACUUGGAUAGUUAGAGAAAAAUGACAGUAAAAGUAAGAUAUUGUAGGUUUAGGAGAAGCUUAUGUACUGAAUGACUUUGCAGUAGGUGAUACUCUUAUCGGCUCUAUAGGCUGUCACACCGAUGUAAACAAGAUUCGGAUAUAUAGUCCAGAGCAUGACUGCUAUAUGGUACAUGUUUUCUAUCAAGUAUUUGUGUACCAGUUACAGGGAUUAAGUUUACAAGAAUGCUUGUUAAUAGCUUUGCUUUUAGAAAGCCUGAUUACACCAAGAAACAGUAAUUAGUUUGGUCUCUUUGUUCAAGCAGGGUGCAUAGAUCCAAACCUUAAAUACCCAGGUACAACUUCCAUUCAUAUCUACAUAUGUUGGUAUUUGAGGACAGAAUAGAAGAGAUAGACAAGAAACCAGUAAUCCUAAUGGACACUUGACAACUUCCAAGCAGAAGAGCAAACUUAAUCAGAGUUGAUACUCCUAGCUCAAGUUUCAGAUUACUCUCACCUGCUUUGCUGUAGCUUAAAGAGCUACUUGUUCUCAAGUGACUAAUCCUAUCAAUAUUCAUUGCUGUCUGUCAGCUUAGUUAUGUGCUAGACCUGGCAAAGUGUUCAAAUCAAAGUAAUCGCAUUAAUGUUAUUAACCAAGUCUACCUUUGCCAUAAUUCAUGCUCUUGAAUAAUACUGUAACAUAGCUUCAUUUGGUCUUCAGCAUUGCAAAGCAGUACAUCAGAUUGUUUAUUCUACUGGGUGUGACUGAAUUGCAUCAGAGGUCAUAGAAAAUAACAAGUGUUUGGCUGGAUUAUAUCAUUUCUGUAAAUUAUCUAUGCAACUUUUUGAUGUACUAUCAGUAAAGCUACCUGGCCUUUGUCCGUUACCGGAGGAACUAACAAUAGCAAACAUUAAUCUAUGAUGAAAAGUGUUGGCUACAUUAAUGGUUGCUAGUUAUGCAUAACUCCAGCGUGUAUCAAGUGACUGCUUCAGGAAGCUUACAGUUUUGGUGUAGACAGUAAGUGCAUGGCACAUGACAACAGAAAAGAAUACAAUUCUGAAAACAUAGUUUUAGGAAUCUUUAAAUUGACUUGUUAUGCAUCUUACUUUACUACUGUUGUGUAGUUUCAUCUUUGUCCUUUCUCUAAGUGUACAGAAUGAACUAUUUUUUUAUACUAAAAUUUUUUUAUUAAUAAAGAUUUAAUCAGUA